AUAAACGUGGACGUUUUGAUUUGUUUGCAACAAAACCGGAUAUGGUUGACAAUGGUAUUAAUAAUGGUUGUGGUAGUAGUGCCACCAGUGGUAGCGGCAGCGGUGGUCAAGCUGGCCGUUCAAUGUUAAUACAGACAAAUCAUUUUAUGAUUACAUAUGAUCCAGAUAAAAUUAUCUAUUCAUAUUAUGUGAAAAUCAAUCCAAUCAUCAGUAACAAUAAUGAUCAUCAUCAUCAUUAUUCACAGCAACGAUUGAAAAAUAUGGCUAAAACUAUUCAACAACAACAAACAACACCAAAUAGAAGUCAUAAUAAUGGUGGUGGUAAUGAAUUAUUAUCACGUAAAAUCAUACAACGAUUAAUUGAAAUGAAUAAUGGUGAUGGAAAUAUAUUCCAUAAUGUACUCUGUGUUUAUGAUGGUGCAUCAUCAAUGUUGACAAAUUUUCGUUUGCCAAUUAUUGAUGAUAAAUUGAUUAAAUUUCGUGUUACAUUACCGGCAAAUGAUUAUUAUCAUAAUGAACAAGAAUUUGAAGUUUGUAUCAAACUAAUCAAAACAGUUGCCUAUUCAACUAUCGAAGAUUUUUAUCGUAAUCCAAUGAAUGAUGGUUAUGUUGAAGUGGUCACUGCUGUUAAUCUAAUUAUAAGACAUUUAUUGCUUAAAAAACGUUUCCUUAUUGGCCGAUCAAAUUUUCAUCAUCAUUCCAGUGUUGAUAAUCGAAUAAAUUUAUCUUCAUUGAAAGAAUUAUCAUUCGGUAUAUCAUCAUCGGUGCAGACAUGUUCCGCUGGAUUACAAUUAAUUAUGGAUCGCUGUUGUACACCGUUUAUUAAACCAUUUAUGAUUGAUGAUUGCAUUAGGAAUUUUCUACAAGAAAUGUCGUCCAAUACAACUGGCUCGAAUAAUGUAAAUCAUCAUCACAAUCAUCAUCAUCAUCAUCAUCAACAACAACAACAACAACGUUGGAAUGAUUUUUACCGCAAACGAUUGGAGCCAAUAUUGAAAGAUUAUUAUUUUGAAGUAACCAAUUUACAACGUUCACGACGUUAUCGUAUUGGCGGUAUUACAACCGAAUCGGCAAAAAAAGUAAUGUUUACACCGAACAAUGAUAACAAUGAACAACAACAACAACCGAAAAUGAUUAGUGUUGCUGAUUAUUUUCAUCAACAAUAUGGCCAAUUACAAAGACCAGAUUUACCUUGCACAAAAGUACGUCGUGGUAAGAAUGAAUUCAUCUAUUUUCCGGUGGAAAUCUGUCAGAUUAUCGCCGAUCAAAAAGCCAGGAAAUUGACGAUUAAAGAAAAAGCAGAUUUAAUACGUAAAGCAGCUAGUAUUAAUCCAAUCGAUCGAUUGGAUGAAGUCCGCAAUAGUGUUGAAGAAUUGAUCAAUAUUGAUAAUAAUGAGAAUUAUCUAAAAGAAUUUGGUUUCAAUAUCUCUACACAGCCUAUUACGAUACGUGCACGUGUAUUGGAUUCUCCAAAACUUCUUGAAGGUGAUGAUCGUCCAAUUAAAUUAACAAAUGGUAAAUGGCGUUAUAGGAAAUUUUUCCAACCAAUCGCAUUGAAACGUUGGAUUCUAGUGAAAUUAAUGCAUUUUGAUGAUUCAACAGUGGAAAAAUUUUUGGAUACAUUCAUUCGCAAUGGUGAACAAUUAGGCAUGCAAAUCGAUAUGCCAAUACGUAUGGAUUAUGAUUUUGAUAUUGCGACAUUGGCAAAUUUUCUCCAAAAAUUACAACAUACAUACAGCAGCGGUAGUGGCAGUGAACAACAACUACAGCUUUUAUUUUUUAUUGGCUGUAAUACUGAAUGGCAACAUAGUGCUAUAAAAAAAUGUGGUGAUGUCGAUUUUGGCCUGGUAACACAAUGUAUUCGGCAAACAAAUGUUCAACGUAUCAAUCAAUCAAUUGCUGUGAAUAUUUUGCAUAAAAUUAAUGCAAAAUUAGGCGGUAUAAAUGUAACAUUGGAUUAUGGAAAACUUCUACAAGCAGAUGAUUAUCGCAAAACAAUGGCAAUCGGUGUGGAUGUUGCACAUCCAUCACCAUCGGAAAAGAAUCUACCAUCCAUAGCGGCAAUGGUAGCGAAUGUGGAUGAAUCAUUUGCUCGAUAUACAUCAUCGGUGAAGAUACAGAAAUUUUUUCGCCAAGAAAUCAUACAAGAAUUGGAUAAAAUGCUCAUUGAUCUAUUACGUGCAUAUGAAAUGGAAACUAAUCAGCUACCGGAAAGAAUUAUAUUGUAUCGUGAUGGCGUUAGUGAAGGACAAUUUCAAGUGGUCUUUAAUGAAGAAAUUCUCCUGAUCAAAGAAACACUGGCACGUUAUCGUUCGGGACAUAAAUUCCGUUUGACAUUUGUAAUUGUACAGAAACGACAUCAUUCACGUUUCAUACCGGAUAAUAGUAAAGAUGGUGUUGGCCGAUUCUAUAAUAUACCACCAGGUACAGUGGUCGAUACGGAUGUUGUACAUCCAAGACGUUUUGAUUUCUAUCUUUGUUCACAUGCCGGUAUUCAAGGUACAUCACGUCCAUCACAUUAUUGUCUGUUGGUCGAUGAAAAUGAAAUGUCCGCUGACCAUAUACAAAACUUCACAAAUGUUCUUUGUCAUUUAUAUGCACGUUGUUCACGAUCGAUAUCGAUACCAACACCUGUUUUCUAUGCACAUUUAGCUGCAUUUCGUGCCCGUGAACAUAUACAAGCGGCUACAUCGUUGAUGAUGUUAUCGAUGACUAAUAAUCGUAAUCAGAAUUUUAAUAAUCAACAACAACAACAGCAGCAGCCACAACAACAACAACAAGAUGCAGCCAAAAUGCUUAAUUAUUUUUCAACAACAACAACAACAACAUCAGCAACAGCACAGUCAUUUUUAUCAUCAUCAUCAUCGAUGAUGACCACGCCAAACAACAACAACAACAACAAAAACAACAACAACAAUGAUGAUGAUGAUAUAUUAUCAUCAUCACCACGAAUACAUUAUACAAAACAUCGUGUACCAUGUUUAGAUAAUUUUGAUUCAUUCGUUGAAAUGUCACCAACAAUGCGAUCGUCAAUGUAUUUCUGUUAAUGAAUGAUG